AAUUUUCAUGGAAUUCAGAAAAACAAAAAGUGGCAUCCUAAUUAUUUAGAAAUUAAUUCUAAUAAAUUAUUAACUUAAUUUGUAAGGACAGAAUGAGUGGAAAAUACGAACGAGACUUUAAAACCUCACCUGGGCACAGAGAUAGAUCGAGAAGUCGUUCGCCGAUUAGUCGAACCAUAAAAGAAGAAAAAGAUGAAAAACCCGAAGAGAAAAAGAUUGAAAAUGUCGGUUUGGGGGUGAAGAAUCGCUUGAAAAACAUGAAAAUUCAAAUGAAACUUGGCUCAGUGAAAAAGGAAAUAGUAAACAAACCGAAAUUAACUGUAGCCGCAGCAUUUAAUCAGGAUAGUGAUGAGGAACCAGAACAAAUGCCACCUGAAGCAAGAAUGCGAAUGAGGAAUAUUGGAAGAAACACGCCUACUUCGUCAGGACCAAACUCCUUUGGUAAAACAAAGCAUGGGUUUUCAGAUGCGAAAAAAAUAUUUGAAAAAAACCUAAAAGAAGCAAUGGACGCUGCCAGAGCAGAUGACUGACUUAGAUUUCUACAUAGUACAAAUAUAAUGUUUUUUUGAGUGUGAAUUCCUUAUAAUAGUACCAGAAGUUUUAAACAUCGAGAUAGUAUUGUGGAUUUUUUAUAUUUUUUAAGUUGUUGUUAGAUACAUAAGUUAAUAAAAAUUAACAGAUGUCACCUGAAAA